AUGGACGUGUUUCCAUCUAACCUUUCGGCUCUGAAAAAUCUCACUUAUUUGGACUUGUCGAAUAAUUUUAUUUUGGGCAUACCCCCAGAGAUCGGACAACUGACGGCAUUGCGAGUUUUGAAUUUGACGGGAAACAGGUGCGGCGCUGUUCCUUCCGAAAUAGGGGAUCUUAAUCGUCUUCAGGUCUUAAAUUUGAGUGAUAAUAAAAUAUACCGGCUACCAUCUACAAUUUGUUCGCUUCAAAGCUUGCUCUGUCUGGACUGUUCUGCCAACUCUCUCAGUUCCCUUCCAUCAAACAUUUCCGAUCUUUUUAAUUUGCAAGUUCUUCGUGCUUCGAAUAACCAGAUCACCCAACUUCCUAAAAAUUUUGGAAUGCUUAAAUGUUUGAAAAUACUCCAUCUUGAUAGUAAUCGUUUUGAUUUUUUGCCUUCAGAAAUAUUUGGGUGUGAAGCACUCCAGGAGUUUGUUUUUUCUUACAAUCAAGCUUCUGGUAUAAUUUCGCCCGAGUUUUGUAGACUGACUGACCUAGAAGUGCUCUGUUUGUCAUUUAAUAAAUUCACGCAAAUACCUAGCAAAUUGUCCUCGUUACAGAAGUUACGACACCUUAACCUUCAAGGAAAUUCUAUUGGAUAUUUCCCCGAAUCACUCCUUACUCGUCUGAAGCAUCUGCAGGAACUAGAUCUCUCGGGAUGUUUUCUUACUUUUAUCCCUGAUGCUAUCGGAACAUGCUCAGAAUUACAUCUUUUGGAUCUGUCAAGGAACGAACUGAACAAUAUUCCCAUGGAAGUUUCCUCUUUAAAAAAACUCGUUGGUUUGUUUCUUUCCGGAAACAGCAUUGAAAUCCUUCCAGAUUGGGUCUCGGAAAUUAAAGGAUUGAUAACGCUAGAGAUUCAAGACAAUCAACUCGUUAGUCUUCCCCAGAGCUUUUCCAAAUUACUGAAAACUCUUCGUGUACUGGACCUAUCCAGAAACAAUUUUACUUCCCUUCCGAAUUCCGUUUGUAGCGAACAAAGUCGUCUCAACUCUCUUAGUGUUGACGAAAAUCCCCUCUUGUCCGUUCCUGUAGAUUUGGGUAAUUUGAGGGCGUUGACGCAUUUGUCAAUUUCGAAUUGUAUUAACUUGUAUGAAUUACCCGAAAGUCUUGGUGAAUUAAUCAGGCUUCAAUCUCUUAAUAUUUCUGGAAACAACUUAUCUACAUUACCAAGAUCUCUCCAUUUACUUGAGUCCCUGAAAUAUCUAGAUAUUUCACGUAACAAUUUUAAACGUUUUCCAAUCGUUGUGUGCUUUAUUCUCCAUCUUAGAGUUUUAAUUUUCGACUUUCCUUGUCGUGUUUGCUGUCUGCUUGAGCCCGACCCAUCUGGUUGGUUUGAAAGAACCGCCAUGAUUGAGCCUGAUGCGUCAAUGGACAAACUUGGAAAAGAAUAUCUCGAUGAACCAAUAGAGUCCCCAAUCGCCGAAACCAACAUGACCGUUGAUGAGGCCCUCGAUGCUGAGGCUGAGGCUGACAAGCUUCAAAAUGUUCCCUUUAAGGAUAUCCCAACAUUAGUAUAUCAAAGGCGGCCGCCAGUCAUUCCCGCUCUAUUAAACAAACUGAGAUUUCUUGUUCAUUUGUCAUUACGGAAGAAUGGCCUUUACUUCCUUCCAAACAUUUUUGAUAGGCUGAGUCAUUUAAAGCGCCUCUACUUAAGUGAGAACAAUCUACGGCAUCUCCCUUCGACGCUUUACUCCUGUAACGGCCUGACACACUUGGAUUUAAGUCAUAAUAAAAUGUCUGUCCUGGAUGAACGCAUAACAAAUUUCAAGCACUUAAAACUGCUUCAUUUGGGCAACAACAAUUUUCCCCUCUGCCUUGAAGAAAUUAUCAAAAAUUCAAGCAUCGAAGGACUUUUUAAAUGGGUUAUUGCAGAAUCCGAAAAUUCAAGUAAGUUCUAUCAAUGUGUGAAAUUGAUGUUGCUUUUUAGUAUUCUUCAGUGA